UGAUUGGUCAGGUGUGCAUGUCUCAGCUGGGUACACUCACUCAGUCAUCACUGCCUCCAGUCUGUGUCUGAACAUGUACAGUAUGCGCACGGGGCUAGCCAGAUGUCUCUACAGUCUUCUGCUACUACAGGGCCGUACGUGGACUCGUGCGUGGACACAUGGGGUCUCCCAGCCAUGCGCAGCAAGACCACAUGAAGACGGGUUGUAACAUCACGCCACAUGGUGGCACCUGGGCCCUUAGGAUGUGCUUUUGGUGGCAUAUUACGGCACGCGCUACCUAGAGAGGGCCACUGAGGAAGAGUGAGUGGACAGGGGCCAAAGUCGCGGACGCUUGAGUGUAUAGAUGUCUCUCCAACUGUAGUCCUUCUGUCUUCAAGCUGAUCGUGGGCACUGCUACGCACUGGCAGCCAUAGUCUACCAUUCCCGUGAUGCGUGUGGAAGAGACGAACACACGCUUCCCGCCGCCCCCUCGGGAGGGCGUUGACUGGUCGACACAAUCCGCAGAUACCUUCACCCACAGCCAUGUCGAAUCUCGACGGUGCGCCGCGACAGGCGAGUGGUCUCAACCGGUGCUGGUGGAAGAUCCGUAUCUGCGCGUACACGGCCUCGCGCCUGUCUUCCACUACGGCCAGGAAGCCUACGAGGGUUUGAAAGCCUUCCGCACACCUCACAACGAGAUCCGCAUUGUCAGGCCCGACUACCACGCGAGGCGGUUCCGUCAGUCGGCCGAGCUCGUCUCGAUCCCUCCGGUCCCGCAAGAUAUCUUCCUCCGCAGCGUAGAAAUGGCCGUGGCCCACAAUGCCGAGUUCGUGCCUCCCAACGACGAAGAGAGCAUGCUGUACAUACGCCCUGUCGUCUUUGGCACGGGGGGCUCCAUGCAGCUCAAGCCGAGCGACGAGUACCUCUUUUGCGUCUACGUCACCUGCGCAGGGGCAUUUUACGGCUCAGAGGCUCUGGACUGCCUCAUCCUCGAGGACUUUGACCGCGCGGCGCCAAGGGGGACUGGCUCGGGCAAGGUGGGUGGCAAUUACUCUCCCGUGAUGCGCUGGAGUCGACAGGCCAAAGAGAGGGGAUUCGACAUUACGCUGCACCUCGAUAGCCAGACGCGGAGCGAGGUGGAAGAAUUCACCACGUCGGCCUUUCUCGGCAUCCGUGUCCAAGAGGGGGGCACUCCGACUCUUGUGGCCCCCGACACGAAGAACGUCGUGGACAGUGUCACGAGCGACUGCGCGCGCCGCAUAGCACGCGACCUCGGCUGGGCGGUGCAAAGAAGACCGGUCAAGUACACAGAGCUUGAACACUUUAGCGAGAUUAUGGCGUGCGGUACCGCUGUGGCCCUGGUUGGUAUCCGGUCCAUCACAAGAGAGAGCACCAACGAAGUGUUGCGAUACUCCGACAGGAAUGGAGAAUUGGGCCCCUACACAAAGAUCUUGCAAGAGCAUCUUUGUGACAUUCACAAGGGAAGGGCCGCGGAUCGGUUUGGGUGGAUGCACAAGGUCCCUCCCCCGGAAAAGGCGGCUGAUAGACAGAUAGACCGUCCAGGAGCUCACUAAAGCCUCUUCCACUUCACUCUGUGCCACAUGAUCUUGCUCCGCUGCUUUCUUCCCUUAGCCUACACACGCAUCGAGAGUUGUGUGUUGCUGGACACUGUCGCCACGUGCAAGAUCUCUAUACUACCUUGAGCAUGAGAUGCACUGAUCCGGCGGGGAUAGGCUGCAUGUCGCUUUUUGUGCGGCUUUUGGUGAUUUAGUAAGCCA